AAAGAUUCCAAUAUGGCGGACGAAGGUUUGUAAUUUUUCUGCUUUUUUGUGUAUUUUUUCUUUGUAAAAAUGUUUUGAAACUAUAUCUCUCGUUAGAAACAAUAUUGUAGCGGUGGGGCGGUCGUACGAUAUUGAAUUAUUCAUUUUACGAUAACGAUUCUUUUAUAUUAUUUCAUAUAUUGAGCAUUUAAGACAUUUAAUAUUUUCAUUGAAAAUAUUAUUAUUAUUUAAUAAUAAAUGAUAUAUUAACUGCAUAAACUAAGCAGUUUAAACAAGAAUUUCCAUAGUUAGUUACAAAUUCAUCAUUUUCAAUUUAUCAUUUUGGUAGAUUAAAACAAAGGAAAUGGAAUUAAUUAAUGAUAAACAUAAGAUCGCAACGAAACGAUUUACGAAUAUUUUGCUUCUCGGCUGAAAAGAUAAACGACUCCCAAAACUAUUUUAAUAGGGCAAUCAGACCCAAACCUGAACUAAAAGUUAGAGAAAUUACUUGUUGCCUACAAGACUACAUUCACACUACACCAGAGCGAAACAAAACCUGCAGAAUUUACGUAUGUUCACACUACCGUCUACGCCAUUACAGUUUGUUUACAAAUUAAAUUAGCACUCAUGUAAACCCAAAAUAUUUCAAAUAGAGCAGAGAAAUUUAAACGAAAAGCAUUCGAAUUUACCGUUUUGAGACCUGAGAUGCUUGGUUUGCAAGUGGUACAAAAAAGUAACGGCGUUUGUGUUCACACGAAGCCGCCAAGCGUUUCUUUUUCAUCUCGCUCCGUUUAGAAACCGUGCUCAAAUUGUUACGGCAAAAGUGACGUUUUCCAAACAAUUUCGCUCAGGUGUUGAGCGCGACGGCUAUUAAUCGUGACUUUUUUGCGCCGUUUUCAAAACCGCUCCAAUGUAGUGAAUGCGGUGGCUAAUUGAAUGCGACUUUUCCGCGCCGUUUUCAAAACCGCUCCGGUGUUGUGUGAACGUAGUCUUAAUUCAAAUACGUUGAUCCUUUGAAACGUGAAACUAAUGCUCCAAAACUUCGAACUCUAUAACGCCUGUAUUCUAAAAGCUCACUCACACUCAAAGAGUGGAGGUUCAAUCUGAGCUUCCAUUGAGUGUCAAUGCUGUUUUUGAACAACUGGAGGGUGAGUAGUCACAUAGUAAGGUACGACACUAACCCUCCAGCUAUUCAAAAACAGCAUUGACACUCGAGAGAAGCUCAGAUUGAACCUCCACUCAUUGAGUGUGAGUGAGCUUUUAGAAUACGGGCGUAAGGCUGAGCGCAAAAGUACACGUCACUGGGCUUGUAUAUGUAAUCAUGUAUGAUAAAAGAGACUUAAAUGCGUCUGUUGAGCUCUUCGUGCGUAGACGGUGGAGGUUUUGUGGUUGAGGACAGUUUUGUGGAUGAAUUACACCCUCCCCACUUGCCUUUUUCAAGAUGUUUUGGCCAACUUUAAGAAAUUAAUGGAAGACUAUCCUGACACACCGCAGGCAGUGGCUGCAAUCAGUACUUUGAUUGACUACAUUAACCAAUUACAUUCAGGUAAAAACCUAUAUACAUUAUGUGAAAUAUAUUGUUAAGGUAGAAAAAACAGUCGCCAUCUUGUUGAAAGUGGUUUUAAUUUCUUUUUAACUUAUCGCCGUCUUUGUUUCCGUAGUCGGUAGUCAACGGUGUCUUUGUAUCGAAAAGUGUAAUGUUUCGCGACUAACCUGAGGGAGGGCGUUCUCGCAAAACGUCGACGUUUUAAUUUUUUUAGACAGCUAUUUCAGACACAAACCAUGGCAGCUUUUUCGGAUAGUUCGGACACAAACCACGAUUGCUUAUUGUAGAAUACUAGCUACUUACACCAGACGUUCAGGCCACCACGUUUGAGAUAUCCGUUUAGGUAGUCCAGACACAAACCACGGCAGCUUAUUGUCGAAUACUAUACCUAAGAUAGCACAUUAGAUCUCUACGUUUCAGAUUUCGUUAACUACAUUCAGGAGAAUAUAUAUCUUUAUUUUUGUCGUUCCAAAUCUCCGUUUAGCUGAGACGCUAUCAGAGCUCCGAGAAAAAUUGACAAGUGCCAUUGAUAAGUUGACCAGCAUUGAAAGUUCAGUUGCAUCUGUCGCCUCGGGUUGUGAAUUGUUUCUGCGCUUUAUAACCCUCACCUCAUUAGAUCAUCCGGUAAGUUUGUGGAGAAUGAUUUGUGCUAAAGAUGUAUAUAAUACAUCUAUCUGAACGAAUUUGGGAAACGUUGCAAAGAGCUACCCAUUAUCUACGCACCCUAGUAUAAAAGCAAAUAAUUUUCAAUUUUUCCCGAAUUUAAGGAUUUUCAAGAGUGUAAAAGAGUUCUGGUUGAAAGAGGUAUUUCGAGUAUUGAAUCUUAAAAUAGGUUUUAGACCAGACGAAGGUAUUUUAUAACUCUGGUAAUUUUGUUUCUGUGAUAGGAAAACUUUUUCUUGAAAAGGCCUCUUCAUCACGAAAUAAAAUCACGAAACUUUGUAAUCACUUUAUCAGAGAUGGAGCUGUAAGUUCAUGAAUAAAUUUUGUAUUACUAUUACAAUAGUUUUAAACCAAUGCCUAUUGUUUUGUAACAAUGGGUAUUGUAUACUAACAAUGCCUAUUGUUUUCUAACAAUACUCAAUUAUUUUCCAACAAUAAGAAAUUUUCUUUGUAUAGUAACAAUGUUUAUUCUUUUCUAACAAUACUCGAUUAUUUUCCAACAAUAAGAAAAUUUCUUUUUUUCUCUCACCAGACAAUUUUAACACAUUCAAGAUCAAGAGUUGUCCUAAAACUAUUAAAGGCAGCAGCCAAUGAGAAAAGAAGAUUUAAUGUGUUUGUCACAGAGUCGGCACCUGAUAGGUCAGGGUAGGUGGAAAGCCUACCACAUUUUACUACCCAAAAAUUCACUGCGAAAAAUUCUCAUACGUUCAUUGUGUUUUUCUAUAUAUAGUCACAAAAUGCACGAGCAACUAAAAGAAGCUGGAAUUCCUUCUACAGUUAUCUUAGACAACGCAGUCGGGUAACCUUGAAUAAUGUUUAAGGGAGCAGUCAUUAUUUGUGGCGGGGGGCGAAGAGAAAAGGGUUGUGUAAACAAAAUUUGAGUGAGUGAAAUGAAAAACAAAACAACUCCAGGGUUUGGUUUUAAAAAAUAUUAAUUGUCAUCUCCAAAGCAUGACUCACUCAAAUAUUGAAGACUAAAAAGCAAUGUCAACAGUCAUAUGUCAAUACAAUAUGUGAAUCAAUCAGAGUCACUAUCUUGAUCAUUUUCCGAUUUGUCAGGAGGCAAAUGACGUCUCCGAAGAAAGUACAUGUGCAAACAACAUGAAACUUUAGACGCAGAAAAUUGCACAAGUAGUUAUCAAACUCAUGUCACAGAAGUGGUAAAGGACAUGUGUGACAACUGAACGGUAUCCUUUUGUAAAGUUUUUGGCCAGGGGUGCCAGGAUGGGUAUUUAUUUUUUUAUUGAUAUUUGAUGUUGGGUACAAACAUUUUCAAUGGUUGGAUCGGCAAAAUUUUUACAGAGAAAAAUAUUUCUCUUUGGUGCCACUUCCCGCUAUAAAUAAUGACCGAUCCUUUGGCCAAUUUGAUUCUCUGCUAUAAACCUACUAAUUUAUCACUUAAAUCUUUUUAUCUCCCAGAUAUAUCAUGGAAAAAGUUGACUUUGUGUUGGUCGGUGCUGAAGGUGUUGUCGAGAGUGGUGGAAUUAUUAACAAAGUACAGAACACCCCUUCAUUAAGGCUAUAUUACACGUGGGACAUGCUCAGAAUUUCCCUGCCAGACCUUUUUAGAUAACAUCGCUCUAUGUCAGAAAUUGCGUUGCAAGUUGCAGCAAGAAUACAUGGCUUUUAUUCAGAACUUCAACAGUUGUUGCUGCACUUCACCCAUAAUUUAAACAUGUACCAAUAAUACAUAUAUAGUUUUUAAAUAAACUUUUUAUAUAUACUUGUAUAGAUUGGUACAUACCAAAUUGCAAUCGUCGCUAAAGCAGCCAACAAGCCAUUUCAUGUCGUUGCUGAAAGUUAUAAAUUUGUUCGUCUUUACCCAUUAAAUCAACACGAUGUCCCUAAUAAAUGGACGGUUAGUGUUGGUAAUGACGAUGAUGGUGGUGUGAUGGUGUAGAUGGUGUUUGUUAUAAUGGUGAUGGUGUUGAUGACGAUGGUGGUGGUGGCGAUGAUGGUGUUUGUGAUGAUGGUGGUGGUGGUGGUGAUGGUGGUGGUGAUGAUGGUGGUGGUGAUGGUGAUGAUGAUGAUGGUGGUGGUGAUGAUGGUGGUGGUGAUGAUGAUGAUGAUGAUGGUGUUGAUGAUGGUGAUGAUGAUGGUGGUAAUGGUGGUGAUCGACCAGAUUGAUGAUGGUGGUGGUGGUAAUGAUGAUGAUGGUGGUGAUGAUGGUGUUGAUGAUGAUGAUGAUGGUGAUGAUGAUGGUGGUAAUGAUGAUGGACCAGAUUGAUGAUGGUGGUGGUGAUAAUGAUGAUGGUGUGAUGGUGAUAAUGAUGGUGGUGAUGAUGGUGGUGGUGGUGGUGGUGGUGAUGAUGAUGAUGGUGUUAAUGAUGGUGAUGAUGAUGGUGGUAAUGGUGGUGAUCGACCAGAUUGAUGAUGGUGGUGGUGGUGGUGAUGAUGGUGAUGAUGGUGGUAAUGAUGAUGAUGGAUCAGAUUGAUGAUGGUGGUGGUGAUAAUGAUGAUGGUGUGAUGGUGAUAAUGAUGGUGUUGGUGAUGAUGAAUUGAUGAUGUUGGUAUUUAUUACAAAUAUAACUUACAAUGCCAUUCCUUUCUUUCUGAUCCUAGUAUUCUUACACUGAUGCCCCUAAAUACGAAGAUCAUCCGUUGGUGGACUACACUCCUCCAUCCUACAUCAACUUAUUGUUCACAGACUUAGGAGUGUUAACUCCGUCAGCAGUCAGCGAUGAACUGAUUAAACUUUAUUGCUAGAUUACAU